CCCCCUCCCCAUCACAUGAACAAAGCAUAGCACAAUUUUAGCUAUAAACCUCCUUCAAUUUCUCAAAUGAAUCAGUGUGUUCCUAACUGGGAUUUGGAAGACAAUAGUCCCACAACAACAAGAGUCCCUCUUCUUUCAAACUCCAAUCACAUUUCCCUUCAUAUUCCCAUGUUGGACCAUGAAAAUGGGCGACUUUCCAUGCAUGGUUUAGGACCGCCGCCGAAGCUUCUUAAAGCCGGUAACACAGGAAACCCUACAACAUGGGACAAACCUCGUACAAGUGGCACCUUGGAGUCCAUAUUCAACCAACAUGUUGGUGUCGGUGUCGGUGUCGGUGGUGGUUGUGGGAACGAGUUGGUUCCGUGGCUUGAUUGCCGAAGUGCUACGGCGGCGACCGCCACCGCAAACGAGGUGACUACGGACGCCUUAGUGCCGUGCUCCAAUUGUAUGGAGGAGCAGAGCAAUAUGAAGCAGGCUAUGGAGAUGGGAAGGGUUGGCGCGUGCACGGCACGUGUGGGGUCAUGCAGUGGAGCUGCAACUAAAGAGUGCGACGGUUACCUCGUCGGAAAUCAAGCCGGGGCGGUGGCGCGUGUGGCUAUAUCGCAAGAAUUGAGUGGCUGCAGGGAUCGGAGUGUGAGUGGCAGUGCCACUAGCCACAUGGCCUUGUGUGUAGAUUCGCCGGAAAACACCACCAGCUCCGGCAGGCAGGGCACGAGGACCACCAACAACGACGGCCACGAUUCCAUUAGCCACCGUAGUUCACAGAGGGAGGCACGGGAUGAGGCUAACAAGACCAAAAGCAUAGAGAGAUGUUCAGUGUCCACAAAAAGAAACAGAGCUGCAGCUAUACACAACCAAUCUGAAAGGAAAAGGAGAGAUAAGAUAAACCAAAGAAUGAAGGAAUUGCAAAAGCUGGUCCCAAAUUCCAAUAAGACUGAUAAAGCUUCGAUGCUGGAUGAAGUGAUAGAAUAUCUGAAGCAAUUGCAAGCGCAAGUUCAAAUAAUGAAUUGGAUGAAAAUGUCCUUAAUGAUGCUGCCAAUUACCAUGCAACAACAACAACUUAAAAUGGCUAUGAUGGCUCAGAUGGGCAUUGGGAUGGGGAUGGGUAUGGGAAUGAACAACAUGAACAUUCCGGCAAUCCCUCCUGUCCUCCACCCUAAUCCCUUCAUGCCUAUGCCCUCAUGGGAUGCCUGCGGUGGCGAUCAAAUGCAAGGAGCACCAACCACGCCCACGACCAUGGAUGCACAGAGUAGGAUGGCUGCCAUGUAUCAGCAACUGCAUCCUCAUUCGGCUUCUAGUUCCAAGAACUAAGCUGCUACAUAUGUUCCACCCUUCUGACAACAAUUAGCUGUAAAAAUAGUGUGUAUAUUUAUUUUGAUGAGAAAUAUUGACGUGAAGAGCCAACAGCUUAAUAUAGUGACUU